AUGGCGACUCUCACCGACGAUCCCGCCCUCUAUAUCUUCACCUCCCUCACCGCAGGGUCCUCCCACAUCGUCACCGCCACUUCCCGCCUCGAGACGAUCCUGCGUGCCAACCGCGUGCCCUUCAAGGCCAUCGACAUCGCAACCGACCAGAAGGCCCGCAUGCUAUGGGGCCGUCGCGCCGGCAAAGAUGGGAACGGCCGAGUGCGCAAGCUGCCCGGCCUGGUGCAGGAGGGCAUGGUCCUAGGGGACAUUGUCGAGAUCGAAGAGUGGAAUGAGUACCACGAGCUCAAGCAACACCUCAAGAUCUACUACGACGAGAACACGAUACCCAACAUCAACAACAAAUACCCUCCGCCCAAGAUGCGACGGCCGUACGGGGUGGGGGCUCCCGUCAAGAAACCUGCCGGUUCGGCCGCUGCUGCUGCCGGUGCUGCUGCUGCGGCGGCGGCGGCGGCAUCUGCUGCCUCAUCCUCCUCCACGCCAGCUCCGUCGGCGGGCACUCCGGCGCCGCCACCCCCUGGACCAGCACCCGCACCUAAGAAGACGAACCCUGUUGUCCUAAAAGCGUCGGAGGGCAAGCAGGAAACUCUUCCCGUCCGAUCUGUCGCCGACGAAGCAGCAGCAAAGGCUAAGGAAAUGCGCCUGAAGAGUCUGCGAGAGAAGGUUCAUGGGAAGAAGGCCGCCGAGCCAUCUGCCGAGUCCAAGGAGAAGAAAGAGGACAAGGAAGUAAAGGACGAUAAAGAUGAGAAGAAGGCCGAAGACGAGAAGGAGAAGGAAGACGAAGAGAAGGAAGAGAAGGAAGACGAAACAACAGAGGACCACAAGAACAUCGGGCUCCAAUCACCUACGAGCGGCAAGCGGAAGUCUGAUGAGUCGGCGUCGGCCAAGACUGGCGAUGUGCAAAGCCCGGAGAGCACAGGGAAGAACGCCAAGGUGGUAGAUUCGUCGCCGAUAGCCAGCAAGGGGGUUGAGGCCAAGGACGGCACAAAGGAAGAGGAUGACGACGACGAUGACGAAGAUGAAGAUGAAGACACUGAGGACAGUGAGGACAGUGAGGAAGAUGAGGACACAGACGACGAUGAUGAAGAUGAGGAAGAAGAUGAGAAGAAGGAUGCGGCAGUGAAGGAUACCCCAGCCGAGGCCGCCAAGGCAGACGAGAAGGUGGAAGAGAUAGCCAAGAAGGAUGACGACAAGAAGGACGAUAAGAAGGAUAAAAAGAAGGACAAGAAGAGUCACGACAAGAAGGAUAAGAAGCACCACCACGACAAGAAAGACAAAAAGGAGAAGAAGGAUAAAGACAAAGACAAGGAGAAGGAGAAGGACAAGAAAUCUCACGACAAGAAGAGCCACAGCAAGGGUCACGACAAGAGCCAUGACAAGAAGAGUCACAGCAAAACCCAUGAUAAGAGUCACGACAAGAAGACGCACGACAAGAAGAGCCAUGACAAGAAGGACAAGGAAGAAAGCAAGCACCCCAAGACCGAGGAAGCGGCAGAGUCCUCGUCGAAAUAA